UACCGCCAUCGUCCGUCUAGCUGGGAACAUUAACAUUAAGCGUCUCCCUCUGUUGAACACGAUUAAAUACUUGAUAAAAAGAUCGUCAAAUUCCAAGGUAACAUUUCCUUCUUUUUCAGAAUUUUGUACUUUAUUAACUGAAGUGUCUCCGAGAAAGGGAAACUAUGGGUGUGAGUCCUAGCUAUAUUAAUGGGACGAACGAGGAAUCCAUUGAAGACUGGCUGUCAGCCCACAAACCUUCAACAUCGUUAACACAAGGCACUCGUUGGUUGUGGGUGAGACGCAAUGCUACAGAAUCCGAUCAGAACGCCAAUCUUAAAGGUCUAAAGGAGGAUUGGGACAAACUGAAACGCACUGGAAAAGUAUCCAAAGAAGAUAUACUUCAUUUGGCAAGAAAGAACAACAUCACUUGUGGAAAAUGGAUGGUUUUUGAAAAGGUUGGGUCGGACGGUGAUGAGUUAUGGGCCAAGAUAGCUAAGGGCGUGUCCUCCGGGGUCACGCUUUCGACCUCAGCCAAAAUCAGUACCAGUCCCGGGGAUCAACACGUAAUCUGUUUAUAUAAUAAAAAUUUCCUUGACCAAGAGGAAGUUUUUGAAAGUGAGAAAACAAUCAGAAGUUUGGGGGUUAAAUCCCGACUGAUAUACAAGCCAGAUAUCUAUACCCAUUUGGGGUUGUAUCAGAACAAUAAAUGGAAUAUCAGAGCAAGUCUGUACAUCAGUAAUUAUGACCCUGUAAAAGAAAAGAGUAAGAUUAAUUGAUAUGAAAAGGGAAAAAUAACAAAAGUCUAUGUUGAGACUGUAACUCUACUGGUUUGUACUUUAUAACAAAGUAAGAGAACAUUAGCAGUUGUACUUGAAACUUUGUAACCACAAUAAAUAGAAAAAUGAUUCUUGA